AACUAACCAAGCAAGCAAGCAGAGAAAGCCCUCCCUAUGACAGAGUUCCAGACUAAGCCAAAUUUCCUCAAUAAGAUUAAUCUUCAGCAGGCUGUCCUUAGGGCACAGUUAAACUCAGUCAGAGCCUCUGGGUGUUCCACCUCAUUUACGAUGUUGCCUUCUUUCCAUACUCCAGAGCACUGGAGAAAUAUGGAAGGGGUGAACCUGAGCCAGGGGACUGAGUUUGAGCUCUUGGGCCUCACCACUGACGUCCAGCUCCAGAAGCUGCUCUUCGUGGUGUUCCUGGGCAUGUACACCAUCACUGUGCUGGGGAACCUGGCCAUGUUCUUCCUGAUCCAUGUGAGUGCCACCCUGCACACACCCAUGUACUCCUUUCUGAAGAGCCUCUCCUUCUUGGAUUUCUGCUACUCCUCCACAGUUGUCCCCCAAACCCUGAUGAACUUCUUGGCCAAGAGGAAAGUGAUCUCCUAUCUUGGCUGCAUGGCUCAGAUGUUUUUCUAUGCGGGUUUUGCCACCAGUGAGUGCUAUCUCAUCGCUGCCAUGGCGUAUGACCGCUAUGCUGCUAUUUGUAACCCCCUGCUGUACCCAACCAUCAUGUCUCCUGAGGUCUGUGCCUCUCUGAUUGUGGGCUCCUACAGUGCAGGAUUUCUCAAUUCUCUUAUUCACACAAGCUGUAUCUUCAGUCUGAAAUUCUGUGGUGCUCAUGUGGUCACUCACUUCUUUUGUGAUGGACCACCCAUCCUAUCCCUGUCUUGUGUGGACACUUCACUGUGUGAGAUCCUGCUCUUCAUCUUUGCCGGUUUCAACCUCUUGAGCUGCAUCCUCACCAUCUUGAUCUCCUACUUCUUAAUCCUCAUCACCAUCCUGAGAAUGACCUCAGCGCAGGGCAGGUUUAAGGCAUUUUCGACCUGUGCCUCCCACCUCACUGCCGUCUGUCUCUUCUUUGGCACAACACUUUUUAUGUACCUGCGCCCCAGGUCCAGCUACUCCCUGAUCCAAGACCGGAUGGUUGCUGUGAUCUACACUGUGGUGAUCCCAAUGCUGAACCCCCUAAUCUACUCUUUGAGAAACAUGGAUGUAAAGGAAGCUUUAAGAAAGUUUUGGGGCAGGAAAACAAUGGAAUGAUCUUCUCAAUUCAUUACCGCAUAUCUUUCGAAAGCCAAGGGAAUAUUACCUUACGGGGUGCUACCCUGAGCACAGUCCCGUGCUCAUCCCUGUGAAUAGUGGGCGUGUCCUCUGGUCUGCAGGUGCUUCUGCAUCUACC